CAACUCCUUGGAGCAGCCAAGGGGCAAUGCUGCCCAGGGGCUCUGUGUGAGGUAAGGGCCAAGCCCUGUGACGCGGGUUCUAGAAUGGGGAGAGUUCAGGACAGGCACAGCACUGAGGCAGCCACGGCAGGCACAGGCCAGCUCUCAGCGGACACCAUGUCCUAUUAUGGGAUGGGGAAACCUUCCGCAGGCUUCUUUUCAUCUCCAAGUCCAGGAGAAUCCAGCAGCAGAGAGGUCGAAAUGGCACCAAGUGGCCCGCCGAGCCUCUACCCUGGGAUGCCGAGGGAGACGCCGGCUUCGGGGGGCCUCUCCUCUGCCAUUGGGUUCCUGAGGAGGAAGCUGCAAGCCAAGCAGGGGGCCCCGUGCCAGCUCAGUGGCCCCCAGCUGCUCCAGGAUCUGGACGCCAAGCCGCCUUGUGGAGGAGCCUGCCGGUCACCGGGCACACCUGGGCAAGGGGCACCAGAAAUAUGGGAGCCACACAGAGGCCUCUGCUGCAGGAAGCUGUGCCCUCAGGGACUGGACCAGGAAUAUCCCGCCGAGCAGACUGGCGACAGGUGGCUCUUCCUCUCCUCUGUGCCGCCGCCGCCCCUUCCUCUCAGCCAGCCACCCAAGGACUUGGCCAGCUCCGGUGGAGACUUUGCGCUGGCCAGGUGGGGAUUCUUGCCCAGCGGGGUCUUCCUGAUGUCGACCAAGUUUGGCAAGGACCGAGAGGCCCAGCCACCACUGCACCUGCCCCCCAACAUCUGCAUCCUGACCCUGGCCAUGAUGAUCGCCGGCAUUCCCACGGUCCCCGUGCCGGGCGUGCGGGAGGAAGACAUGGUCCACGCUGCGCAGUGCUUUGUGGCAGAAAACCUGGAGCCUGGCAACGCGCAAGGGGAGGCAGCACAGAGGAGGAGGAGGAGGUGGGCCGCGAUGCAGCGCCUGGGGCCUUCCUGCAAGAGAGGGGACAAGCAGAGGAAGAGGGCCACCCACAGGAGCCUCCUGCCCCUGUUCCUGGCGCAGCUGGAGAAGUGAGAGCGG